AUCAAAGAAGUUUGUAAUGCAAUGAAUCAGCCUCAAAUAUUGAAUAACUGGAUCCAUUUUCCCAGAAACAUAGAGGAAAUGCAAGCUCUUCGAACUAGCUUUUUCCAGAAGUACCAGUUUCCAGGGGUUAUUGGUUGUGUGGACUGCACACAUAUCAGCAUUGUAGCUCCACAUACAGAUGAUCCUGAGUUUCCAGAAUAUAUUUAUGUUAAUCGAAAGAAUUAUCAUUCGAUAAAUGUUCAGUUGAUAUGUGAUAGCAAUUUGAAAAUUAUGAAUGUAAAUGCACAAUUUCCUGGAAGUACUCAUGAUGCCAAUAUAUGGCGACAUUCACAAAUCUCAACAUUAAUGGAGAACAUUUAUAGACGAGAUCCACAGAAUGUGUUUUUUCUUCUUGGAGACUCAGGAUAUCCAACAAGACCAUGGCUUUUGACCCCAAUUCAAAAUCCCACUGCUGGACCAGAAGAAAGGUUUAAUGAUAGACUCUGUAGCAUUAGAGCGACUAUUGAAAGAUGUAAUGGUGUGCUAAAAAACAGAUUUAGAUGUCUCUUAAAACAUAGAGUCCUACAUUAUUCCCCUACAGUGGCAGGUCAAAUAAUCAAUAGUUGUUGUGUCUUGCACAACAUGUGCAUUGCAAAUAAUGUUCCAGAACCACCAGCAGAACAAGAAAAUGAAGAUAUUGACUACGGCAUUUAUGCAGUAGAAAAUGUACCAGCUGAAAACAUUGGAAGAGUAAACCCCGAUUUGGCAGCAGCUAGAGUUCUUCAACAAAAUAUUAUUGAUAAUCAUUUCCGCCAAUAAAAUAUUUUUUAAAACCAAAUAAAAUCUUUUAAAA